AUGGCCAGGGGUAGAGCCUCUGGAAAGUUUACCACCUCCAGCCGGCCAUCGCGCAAGGCGGCAAAUGCACUCGGUUAUGCGAAGCGGCAGAGUCUGAAGUCCAAUACGUUGAGCUCUGGGCUCUCGGACGUGUACGAAUAUCAACAGGAGAAGGUCCGUCGUGCAAAAAUCAAGCCUUUGCUGGAGAGGGAUGAGACAACGGGAAUGGGCGCGGCCGAUAGUGGGGGCGAGGAGGAGGGUGCAGGAGGGAGGAGGAGGGACACAAGGCCCAGGCUCAUUGGAGAAAACGAUGACGACGAGGGUAUUGCGGAGGAAGAUGAUGAGGAGAUCGACAGUGAUGAAGCGUUCGAGGAGAGCGAUGAAGAGCGCUUUGCCGGCUUCAGCUUCUCGCAGAAAGCCAAGGAAAGGUCAAAGCCUAAGCGGAAAGCUCCCGCCAAGACUCGCGCCGUGCGAUUUGUAGACGUUGACCUCAACGAGGAUGACGUCGAAGAAGCCGAAGGGGUUGCAGAAGACGAUUCAUCUUCCGAGGACGGCGACGAAGAGGAGGAGCAAGAGGAAGAAGGCGAUCCCAGCGAAUUCAUUGAUGUUUUGGAUGUCCUGGACGGUCGCGGGGAAUCAGAUAGUGAAACUGGUAUGGGAAAAGCCGAGAGGGAAGAUCAGGCGAGAAGGACAGCGGCCGGAAGUGGUGAGGAAUUCGACACAGAUGGGGAUGAGGAUAUGGAGGACUCGGCCGAAGAAGAUGACGACGACGAAGAGGAGGAUGAAGAGGAGGAGGCAAAGAUCGUCUCUGCCUCCGAGGACGAAGGCGAAGAUGGCGACGAUGCGCUGCAAGAGCUCGAGAGCUUCGUUACCGGUCUCGACGCUGGGCAUAAACGCAAAGCACCUGAUGAUGACGAUGCAGCAGUAGAUGGUGCUGAUUCCAAGCCUGCGCGAAAGCGCAGGUUACUGCCCGAAUUGACCGAAGCAGGGGUAGAGAACGAGUUUGCCGCUACUACAGGAGACGGGAAGCUCAGCCUAGACGAUCUUUUGGCUCCUCUGGAGGGCGGCCAAUCGGCAAAUCUCCAAUCGCUCAGGAAGUCGGCAAAAGUUCUUGCCUCAACCGGGGGAAAGAUCAAGACUCUUUCUGCACCGUUACCUCAACGUACCGCGGAACGUCUCGACCGUGAGGCUGCAUACGAGCAGACUAAGGAGGAAGUCGACAAGUGGAAGGUCACUAUGCAGCGCAUCAAGGAGGCUGAGCACUUGAGCUUCCCUCUUCAAGCCGAGCCCAAGAGCAGGACAUCAAACCUCGAGCUUGCCGCCAAGUUCAAGGCAGGUCUACAACACGCCGUUGACAAGCUCCUCAAGUCCGCAAAGAUGCGCGAGGACGAGAUCGCCCAAACCGAAUCCCUCAAGUUGAAUCAUCUCUCCGUCGAAGAAGUCGCCGCGCGCCGCGCUGAGCUCGCGAAGAUGCGCGACCUCAUGUUCCGUGCCGAAGCUAAGGCGAAGCGCAUCGCGAAAAUCAAGAGCAAAACGUAUCGCCGCAUCAAGAAGAAGGAGCGCGCGCGUCUUGCGGAGAAGCUAGGGGAGGGUUCGGACGACGACCUGGAUGACGAGGAGGCGCGGCUGAAGCGCGAGGUCGAGCGCGCGAGGGAGCGGGCAACCUUGAGGCACAAGAACACGGGCAAGUGGGCGAAGGCGAUGCGCGCGCGGGGCGAGCUGGACGAGGACCAGCGCAGAGACAUCAACGAGAUGCUGGACAGGGGCGAAAAGCUGCGGCGGAAGAUUCAGGGCCAGGGUGAGAGCGACGAGGAGAGCGGGGAUGAGAGUGACGACGGGGACGAUGGGGAGAGCUUUGCACACAUCAAGGCGAAGGCGUUCGACGAACUCGCUGCGUUGGACGCGGAGCAGCCUGAGGCGCCUGAAGGCAAAAAGAGCAAAAGUAUCUUUGAGAUGAAGUUCAUGAAGGAUGCGAUGGCUCGCGAGCAGCGCAAGGCGAAAGAGAUAGCCGAUGACUUCGUCAAAGAGAUGGGCAGCGAUCAUGGUGACGAUGGCGAGGACGUGGACGUGGACGUGCAGCAAGUGGCGGAGGAGCCGUUGAACGUGACGGUUCAGCGGACAGGUGGGCGCGUAGUCUAUCGUCCUGGUGUGAUGACAUCGGGCAUGCGACCCGCUGGCUCUCUGGCUUCGGAUACAUCGAGCGUAACACUGAAGUCCACGGACGUUCCUCCAGAAGGUUUGCCAGAACAGUCUGCCUCGCCUCCAGGCUCGCCCGUCUCACAACGCCGUGUCCCUUCCCCGGCCGCCGAGGUCAACCCCUGGCUCGCUCAAGCAAGCAGCUCUAGCAAAGGCCUGACGAAGCACGAGGUCGCUGUUAGCAAAGAGAGCGCCGCUGUCGAGAAGUCCAGGAACAAGCUCCGCAAACGCCAGCAGAAGCGACUCGAGGAGAAGGUGAAGGCGCAGGAGGAUGCCGAAGUCGACAUUUCCCUGUCCACCGUCAUGACCCUGUCUGAGCCUUCGAAGGCGAGCGAACCGUCCAAAGUCACUGCCUUGAAGUCUGCGCCUGCUGCGGACGGCAAGGCGAAGGCGACCUCCGCCGCCGACGAGGAUAGUGACUCGGACGUCAACAGCGAACUCGAGGAGCAAGAGCGGGCUGCCGCACGGAAAAGCAAGGGAAAAGGCAAGGCGAACGGCGUGAAGGCGUUCGAACAACGCGAUCUCGUCGCCCUCGCUUUUGCCGGCGACAAUGUUGUUCAGGACUUCGCCGAGGCUAAACGCCGCGAGAUGGCAGAAGACGCUCCGAAGGAGAUUGACAACACACUUCCAGGUUGGGGCUCAUGGGGAGGCGCUGGCACGAAGAAGGCCGCUCCCAAACCGCAUCUGAUCAAGAAGGUCGCGGGGAUCGACCCCAAGUCGCGUGCAGACUACAAGAAGGCGCACGUCAUAAUCUCGGAAAAGCGCGACAAGAAGGCAGCCAAGUACCUCGUCAAGGACCUGCCGUACCCUUACACGAGUAAGGCGCAAUUUGAGCGGAGUAUGGAGGUCCCGCUCGGCACCGAGUGGAACACGCGCCUCGGCUUCCAGAGGGCGACGCUGCCCAAGGUCGUCACAAAGAUGGGAACGCUCAUCACACCCCUCGAAAAACUCUCAUGA